GCAGGUCCCGGUGCCGGUCCCGGUGAGCGAUGGGCAGCGGCGGCUCCUCGGGGCGCGGGGCCCGGCUGGCGGCCGCCGAGGGCCCCGACGGCGUCGAGCAGCGGCUGGAGGUGCGGGGCCGGCAGGUCCCGGCCGAGCUGUGGGCUCAGCAGGGGCUGCGGAAGCUCUACCUGAGCGACGCGGGGCUGCGGGAGGUCCCGGACGAGCUGGCGGAGCUGCAGCACCUGCGGACCCUCGCCCUGGACGGCAACGAGCUGAUGGAGGUGCCCGAGGCCGUGUGCGACCUGCCCCACCUGGCGCACCUGUACCUGGGCCGCAACGGGCUGCAGGGGCUGCCGCCCUCCUUCGCCCAGCUCCAGAGCCUGCGCUGCCUCUGGAUCGAGGGAAACUUCUUGGCGCACUUCCCCCGCGCCCUCCUGCAGCUGCCGGAGCUGCGCAGCCUGCAGCUGGGGGACAACCGGCUGUGCCGGCUGCCCGCGGCGCUGCCCCGCAUGGCCGGCCUGCGGGGGCUCUGGCUCUACGGGAACCGCUUCCAGGAGUUCCCGCCCGUGCUGCUGCGCAUGGAUCACAUCCGCGUCCUCGACCUGGAUCGCAACCGCAUCGCCAGCUUCCCGGACCUCAGCGGCCUCGCUUCCCUGCGCCUCCUGUCCUACGACCACAAUCCCGUCCGGCAGCCACCCUGUGUCGGGGAUGAAGUGCAGCUGGUGGGGGACGGGGCGCAGGAAUACAUGGAAGCGCGGCAGGAGCGGCUGCAGAGCCUGCAGCGCCAGGAGGAGGAGGAGGAGGGCACGGAGGCCGCCCCGGUAUCCCCCGAGGAUGGGCCGGAGGAUGGGGAGGGGGAAAUUGCGGCCCUGACAGGAUCUCCUGAGGAAACGUGAGCCGCUGUCCCCCUGAAGGGGUGCAGAGCCUCCACCUGACUCCCAGGGAAUUCCCAUCUAGGGCCGGGAAAGGAGGAAGUUCACAGCCUCCACAAAGGAAAACCAACGGUCUGAGGAGCAGCCUUAGCCCGUUGGGACAGCACCGUUGUGUCCUGGAUUGGCAGGGCUCACGGAUCCCAAUGGUUAUCCCACCUGAGAGCAUGCCGCCUACUCCUGGGUGCCUUGGAUUGGGAUACAGCCUCCUUCCCUGAGGUGUUCACCUCACUGCCGCCCCACGAGAACGAGGACAUUUCCACUCCUCCACCUCUGAAAAUCCUUUACUUCUCUCCCAAUGGGCAGGACAGGAAAAAGCAAUGCUGGUUGCAUCCAUUCCAUGGAUCCCAUCAUCCUAGAGAGCUCUGAGGUUUGGGAACAAAGGCACAGACCCUGAGAACCCCAUCCUCCUGCGGGAAUUGGGCUGGGGCAGAGAAUUUUCCACCAGGCUCCUCUUGACCAUCAGGUUUGGGAAGGAGCUGAUGGAAAUUCCACCUGGAUCAAAGCACUGCCUCUCUCCAACCUGGACAGGGUUUUGCCUCUGUGGGAAGAGCAGGCUCAUCCCUGGCACUCUGUCCCAAAACGGGCACCAGAUCCAGGGCUGAC